AUCUGGAACUGGUUGACCACCCAACUAAAAAAAGGUGCCAGCGCGCGAAUGGUCAACAAGAAACCAACCCCAACCAACCCCAACCACAACAUAACAAUACAUACACCGGCACACAACCUCACCAAGUGGACAAACAAGAUGGCAUCCCCUCACCACCUCAUCUCGACAACACCUACGAGCGAAAUAGGAAACUAUCAGGAGACCGACUUGAGGCAUCGGCUGGAGGAUACCUUCACCUCAAUCGGACCAGGCGGAAUGCUGGAGCUCUUGGAGAAUGAGAAGAUAUUAUAUCAGGCCUCACCCCAAUCUAUCCUCCCACUCGAUCAACCAGCAACUACAACGACAGCGACAUCACAGCAUCAACCGUACCAACCGAACCUUUCUCAUUCUAUGAUCUCCUCAUCCGAACUAUCAAACCAAACCGAUACUCAUUCUCAACUCAUCAACUCAUCUCAACCAUCAGCAGAUCAGCCAGAACUGUUUGAAAACCUAUCAGUUGAUCAUCACCCCCCUCCACAAGUUCAAAGAAAAUUAACCACGAUUGAGAAUACCCACGAAAAUCAACAGAUCCCCAAUCAAAAACGACCCAUAGAUGAUGUUUACAAUCCCCAACCAAGGAAGGCGUCAGUUCCCAAGAACACUCGGGCCAAGAAACCUAAACAAAACCGUAAAGCUUGCAAAAGUACGGCUCAAGAGGAACUCCAGACUUUUGAGGAACUUUGUGAUCUAGAUGGAAAUCUCCAAAGUGAUUACGUGUUGGAAUUGCAAACCCACAAGUGCACAACGCUCCCGGCCCAUCUGCGCCACUAUCGAUGCUCGCCUUGUGUUGGAAAACAGACCGGACUUAUCUGCUCUUUCAUGUUGAUCAGACAGUGGAUUUGGACGAGAGGCUCACAGAAAAAAAUAGUCGGUGGACCAACAUUUCCAGCUUCUACUACACAGCCAUCUCAACUCAGUUAUCAAGCCCCAAAGUUUCCCACCGAAUUCAACCGCCUGCCAACCUCCCAAGAUCUUGUGGAACUACGCCGAUCGCUUGCGACAAUUCUCCUGCCUGCGGUAGAAAACGAGUUGGCUUGGUUAGAAGACCCUCAAGUCAAAUUUAUUGGGCGUCGAAUCGACCUAGUUACGAAGUGUGAUUACUGUUCAGCUACCUUAUUCGGCGCUGCAUGGCUCUGCUCCCAAUGUGGUGCGGAGGCUUGCACUAGGUGUUUCGAAUUGAUGGCCGAGCAGAUUCAAAUUGGUCAAGAGGUGACCAAAGAUCUACCCCAAAAGAACAUCCACAUACAUUGGCUUCAACGACUAACGACUUGUACGCAGAAAGUCACUCAUGGACCGAGUACCCAUGUCAAAAUUUCACAUAUCACCGAUCGAGAAUUGGACACCCUACGCGGUCAAAUGCUGACUCUAACCUCAGUCGAAUCAAAUCAUACCUUACCCCCUUCGACUUCUCCUCUCGAGGAUCCGGUACCCUAUUCAGUCCCAGCGGACUUGGAACGGUUUUUGUAUCAACCCGAGGGUGAUCACAGUGAAUCGUACAUCAAAAUCGAUGUCAAUGAUCUGGAAGCAGAUCCGAGUAUAUUCGAUCGUCUAUGGUCGGCCGGGCUUAUGAUCUUGGUAACCGGAAUGAGUCAUCGCCUGAGGAAAGACUGGACACCUGAAUAUUUUAUGAAGGAAUAUCCUGAUGCUGAAUGCCAAAUGAUUGAAUCUAACAAUCCUAAAGUCUCGCGUCCGACAACCGUCAAGGAGUUCUUCGACAAAUUUACAAAGGAGUCAUCAGACGACCAAAGUGUCUGGAAGCUCAGAGAUUGGCCUCCGGAGGCUGACUUUCAGAGCCAAUUUCCGGACCUCUUUCACGAUUUUGAACAAGCACUCCCAAUCCCUGAUAUCACUACUCGCUUUGGUAUUCGGAACGUGGCUGGGCAUUUUCCGACAAAUGCAAAUGUGCCUGAUCUGUUGCGUUUUUUUAAUAUGCUUUUUUCAAAGAACCGCUCCUUUCUGCUUGAUCACUGGACGCUCUUCAAUGCUAACGAUACACUAUGUUUAUUGUCCUGCCCUAUUCAUCAUGACUUGUUUAGAGGUCCGAAAAUGUACAUCGCCAUGAAAAACUCGGACCAAGCUGGAUCGUAUGGUUCAACUGUUCUACACAUGGAUGUUGCUGAUGCCGUCAACAUUCAAACCUAUGCGAAGCUGGGUGACAGCGAGGGAUGUGCACUUUGGCAUCUCUAUCAUGCGAAAGAUUCACAAGCUCUACGCGAGUUUCUGUAUCAACAUCAAGCAGAUCUAUACAAAACACCAGUUGAAGAAGUCAAACGCAGACUUGAUGAUCCCAUCCACACAACGCGAAUCUAUAUAAACGCCGAGAUGAGGAAGACUCUGAGAGAAAAAUACGGGGUGAAAGGAUGGGAAGUCAAGCAAAAACCUGGCGAAGCUGUCUUUAUUCCUGCGUACACUGCACAUCAAGUAUGUAACUUGGCCAAUUGUAUUAAAGUAGCUGGUAAAGACCCAAUUAUUCUCGCUCGCCGAAGGAGAUACUCAAAAGCUGAUGCAACUCUUCGUAUUGAUUUCCUCCGCAGCCGAUUUCGUUUCUCCGCAUUCGAUUGA